GCGGCCAACAGUGAGACGUUUCAAAAAAAUUACAAAAAUCUCACAUGUUUUCAUAAUUCCUUUGAAAUUGAUAAUAUUCUUUAUAUAAAACUGCGUGAAAUAAUGUACAUAUAGAGUAGACGAUGGUGCGGUUAUAUUUUGCCAAGACUUUGGCAACAAAAUUCCUAUUUGCUGAGAAAUGGAGCCUAAAGAUUCCUCCUGUACUGAAGGCAUCAUAUGCAAGAAAGACUUUAAAUGAGUUCCGAGAUGUAAAAGACAUCCGCAACAUCGGCAUUUCAGCUCAUAUAGACUCUGGGAAGACAACAGUGACAGAAAGAAUCCUCUAUUACUCUGGGAGGAUCAGUUCUAUGCAUGAGGUGAAAGGUAAAGAUGAAGUUGGCGCAACUAUGGACUUUAUGGAACUUGAACGGCAACGAGGAAUCACCAUACAGAGUGCUGCCACCUAUACUGACUGGAAAGGAACAAAUAUCAACAUUAUCGAUACACCAGGUCAUGUUGACUUCACAGUUGAGGUAGAAAGAGCCUUACGUGUGUUAGAUGGCGCUGUGCUAGUCCUCUGCUCCGUAGGGGGCGUUCAAAGCCAAACAUUGACAGUUAACCGCCAGAUGAAACGCUAUAAUGUGCCAUGUAUUGCAUUUAUUAAUAAGUUAGAUAGGACUGGAGCAAAUCCAAACAGAGUUUUAGGACAAUUAAGGUCUAAACUUUACCACAAUGCAGCCUAUGUACAGUUACCUAUAGGGCUAGAGAAAGAUCUAGAGGGAAUAGUGGACAUAAUACAUAGGAAAGCUUUAUAUUUUGAAGAACCUAAUGGGUUAAAUAUUGUUGAAAAGGAGGUACCUGCAAAUAUGGUUGAAGAAGUGGAAGAGAAGAGAGCUGAACUCAUAGAGGCUGUAGCUAAUGCUGAUGAUGCAAUUGGUGAAAUGUUCCUUGAGGAGAAGACACCAAAUGAAGAAGAACUAAUGGCUGCAAUACGACGUGCAUGUAUCAAACGAGCUUUUACUCCAGUGUUUGUUGGGAGUGCACUGAAAAAUAAGGGUGUCCAGCCUCUGUUAGAUGGUGCAGUAGAUUUUUUGCCUAACCCAAGUGAAGUAGAAAAUUUUGCAUUAGACGAAUCAGGGGAGAAACCACGUAAGAUUAUUUUAAAUCCAGAUCGUGAUGACACCCACCCAUUUGUAGCCCUGGCUUUCAAAUUAGAGGCUGGGCGUUUUGGACAGCUAACUUAUAUGAGAAUCUACCAAGGAUGCCUAGAGAAAGGGUCGACAAUAAUCAAUGUAAGAACUGGCAAGAAAGUCCGUGUUCCACGUUUGGUGAGAAUGAAUGCUCAGGAAAUGGAGGAUGUCUCAAACGUGUAUGCUGGGGAUAUUUGCGCCUUAUUUGGUGUAGACUGCGCUAGUGGAGACACGUUUGUUCUAAAGUCAGGAGAACAGAUUUCAAUGGAGUCUAUUUAUGUUGCUGAACCUGUAAUAUCAAUGUCGAUAAAGCCAGUGAACAAAGGAGACACGGAUAACUUUGCUAAAGGGAUUGCUAGAUUCGUUCGUGAAGAUCCCACAUUCCGGGUGAAAUACGACCCUGAGUCAAAAGAAAGUAUAGCAUCUGGUAUGGGAGAACUGCAUCUUGAUGUCUACGCUCAGCGUCUUGAGAGAGAAUAUGGCACCAAGUGCAUUCUGGGUAAGCCAAAUGUUGCAUUCCGGGAGACUCUAUCAAGCAGCUGUGAUUUCGACUAUUUGCAUAAGAAACAGAGUGGCGGUCAAGGACAGUUUGGCCGCGUGGAAGGCUUUAUUGAGCCACUACCAGCUGAUGAGUAUACCAAGCUAGAAUUUGUAGAUGAAACAACAGGAACCAACAUACCAAAGACUUAUAUACCAUCUAUUAAAAAGGGGUUUCUGAGUGCUUGUGAAAAAGGUAUUCUAGCAGGACAAAGGAUAACAGGACUUAAGUUUGUUCUAAAAGAUGGCGCUAGUCAUGCUGUUGACUCGUCUGAUUGGUCCUUCCAACAGGCUGCAGAGGGCGCUGUAAAGCAAGUUUUAAGUAAUGGAAUGUGGCAACUGUUGGAGCCUAUAAUGUCUGUAGAGGUCACGACCCCUACAGAAUUCCAGGGAGCUGUCAUGAUUGGUCUAAAUAAACGGCAUGCUCUUAUCACGGGAACUGAUGCAAAUGAGGGGUUUGCAAGUAUAUUUUGUGAGAUCCCCCUCAAUGACAUGUUUGGUUACUCCACAGAGCUCCGUUCAUCCACUCAAGGCAAAGGAGAAUACACAAUGGAGUACUGCAAAUAUUGUAUAGCAAUACCAAGCACACAUGAGGCCCUUAUAUCAGAAUAUGAGGAAGAACUGAACAAGCAAAAUCCACAAUCUCAGAAAAAGAAAAGGCGGAACUGAUAUUAAAUCAAUUUAGGCAAUUUAUUUAUAUUUAAAUACAGUGUAGCGAAUUGUUCAGUCAUUCGGAUGAGAAGUUGUAUCAUGGAGAUAAGAGUGGAGUCAGCAAUGAAUAAAAGUAAAAUACUUGUAACAUGUACAGUUAAACCUGUGAAUAGGAACACCUCUGUAAGUGGAAUACAGUUCAGAGUCUUGUUAACUGAUUACUAUAAGGUGAAAUACAUAAGUUGAAAACCAACCAAGUGGAACAGUAAGCAUGUUUCCUUACUGGCUGUGUCAUUAGACAUGAAUAGGCAAUGAAUUUUUGCAUUGAUAUUAUAUGGCAUGACCAUACAAAAAAAAUCAAUAUUGUUUACCUCCCUCAUCUCAUUGGAGUGAAUUCACCAGUUUUUUGGACUAUGCUGGACCUAUAUUUAAGUUUCCAAUGUCCAUAUUUAAAAAUACAAAUUGAAAGAGUUCAUAAAUGCUCAAAUAUGAAGUGAAUUUAAGCUAAUAAGAGGUGUAUGAUCCCUGUAUAAUUACUUCACUUGUUAGCAAUUCAGCAGAUUUCCUUUUGUAUUUGCGUGAAAUAGAAUACUGCUAUACGAAAGACUAUGCAAACUGAAAAAUUUGAUAACAAAAAAAGUAAAAUAUACA